AUGAAGUUUGCAUUGCUAGCUGUCGUUGCCAGUACUGUCGCAGCCGGUGUGAAUGGUGAGUUACCAUGGAUGCCCGAGUUCUGUUUCAGAGAUCUGACGUUCGGUGCAGCACACGCGAUCCCACUUGAAAAUGACUAUGUUGACACCAUAGUCGCUGUCGAGAACCUGCGACGGUCUCUGCCCAACUCUCCUAAAGGAUACACUCCAACUUCUCAGAGUUGCCCUCACAAUGCGCCUGUGGUCCGAAGCGCCGCUUCCCUCUCGCCGAACGAGACCCAGUGGCUGCAGAAGCGGAGGAACAAUACGGUUGCCCCAAUGCGCAAUUUGUUGGGUCGAUUGAGCAUCCAAGGCUUUAAUGCGACGGAAUACAUUGAUCGUGUGGCCAACAAUGUCUCUGCUCUACCCAACAUCGGCAUCGCAGUGUCGGGAGGCGGCUGGCGAGCACUCAUGAAUGGUGCCGGUGCCCUGAAGGCGUUCGAUUCCCGUACCGUCGACAACACCGCCAAGGGCAAGCUUGGUGGUCUGCUCCAGUCUGCGACAUACCUGGCGGGCUUGAGUGGAGGGUCAUGGUUAGUUGGGUCACUUUUCAUGAACAACUUUACAACGGUCGGGGCUCUUCAGGCGGAAACGAGUGGUUCCGUCUGGGAAUUCGGCAACAGUGUUAUCGAGGGACCUAAAAAGAGCGGACUCCAAAUCUUCAACACGGCCGAAUACUAUGCCAACCUGGUCAGCGAUGUCGAAGGAAAGUCAGGAGCAGGGUUCGAUACAUCCCUGACUGAUCUGUGGGGUCGUGCCCUUUCGUACCAAUUGAUCAAUGCCACUGACGGCGGCCCGGCUUACACUUGGUCCUCUAUUGGCAUUUCGGCGCCCUUCAUAAGUGCCGACAGCCCAUAUCCUAUCAUCAUUGCCGACUCACGGGCACCUGGAGAAACGCUGAUCCCGGGCAACACGACCAUCUACGAGUUUAAUCCCUAUGAGAUGGGCUCCUGGGAUCCUACUUCCUUUGGCUUUGUGCCAAUGAAUCGUUUGGGGACCAACUGGACAGCAGGCCGAGUGCCAGCGAACGAAAAAUGCGUGGUAGGCUUCGACAAUGCCGGAUACCUUAUGGGAACUUCAUCGACGUUGUUUAACCAAUUCAUCCUUUAUCUCAAUGGAACUGGAAUCCCGGACUCUCUGCGGAAUCUCGUUGCAGACCUACUGACGGAUUUGGGUGACGACAACAACGACAUUGCGGAUUAUACACCCAACCCGUUCUUUCAUUACAACCCGCAGACCAAUCCUUCAGCCAAUUCGUCGCGGCUCACUCUCGUUGAUGGCGGUGAAGAUUUGCAAAACAUUCCCCUUCACCCACUUAUCCAACCCAACCGUCACGUCGACGUCAUCUUUGCAGUCGACUCAUCGGCCGACACCGAUUUCAACUGGCCCAAUGGAACGUCCAUGGUGGCUACCUACGAACGGUCACUGAGUGCCAUGGCCAAUGGCACAAACUUCCCAAGCGUUCCCGACGUGAACACCUUUGUCAAUUUGGGGCUCAACACGCGUCCAACUUUCUUUGGCUGCAACACGUCCAAUUUCACCGGCGGCACCAGCAUUCCGCCAUUGGUCGUCUAUAUUCCCAACUCGCCGUAUGUGACAUUCAGCAAUAUCUCGACUUUCCAGCUAUCAACCAACGAUUCGCAACGGGACGCCAUCAUACUGAACGGGCUGAAUGUUGCCACGAUGGGCAACGGCACGCGGGAUGCAACUUGGCCCACCUGCGUGGCUUGCGCGAUCUUGAGCCGCAGUCUGGAGCGCACCAACACCGAGGUACCUCAGGCGUGCACGAGCUGCUUCAACGACUUCUGCUGGGAUGGCUCGCUCAAUUCGACACAGCCGGUCAAUUACGAGCCUGAGCCGGUUCUCAAGGCGGUGAGCCUGCAAAGCGGAGGGCCCAAGCUCUUACCUAGGUGGGCUAUUGCUAUGGCAGCGGCGGCACUGGGCUACCACUCUCUGUAA